AUGUCUAAGUUGAAAUCAACCAAACCAAUUUGUUACCGAUGGUACAAAAUAUUAGCUGGUAUAGCUGUAUGCAUAAUAUGUUUUGUUAUAUGGAUAUUUAUUAUUAAUCCACUUUUAAUAUGGGAUAAAGAUUUUGCAACAAAUUUAUUAAAGAAAUUAUCCAGUAAUAAUAAUAAUGAAAUAAUUGGUAAAAAAAAUAUUAGUGAUUAUAAUAAAAAUUUAACAAUAACACAAGAUGAAAAAUUUAUAAAAAAUACCACAAUUUAUCCUUAUAUUUUAAAAGAAAUUAAUAAUAGUAUAUUAAAUCAAAAAAUUCAAAAUAAUGCUUUAAAUAUUUCCACAAAAAUAAAUGAAAAAAUAUUAAAUAAUACAUAUCUCCUACCAACAACAAAAACACCAUUAAAAACUUUUUUUCAAACUUCUACUAUUAAAACGACAACAUUAAAAUAUACAAAAAUUGGGUUACCAGUAUCAAAAAUAUAUUAUAAAAUACCGGAGAAUUAUAGACCAUUAAAUUAUACACCAAAAGGAAAUAUUUUUAAGACAAUGAUAAAAUCAACUACUCAAAUACCAAGUAUUUUAGAUAAUAAACAUAAUUUUUUUGAUAAAAAAAUAAAUGUUUCUAAAAAUACAAAUUAUUUAAAUCAAAUAUAUCCUUAUCAACAAGACAAAGUAUUUAAUAUAAUUAGAAAUGGAAAAUUUUAUGAAAAAUCAACAAUGAAAACAAUAUACAAAUUAACCACAACAACAAAAUCAACAUAUUCAUCUCCAAAAAAUAAUACUUAUAAUUUUAAGAAUCAAAGUGGUUGGUUAGUUUCAAAUAAUACAAUUAACAAUACAACAAAAAUGUAUAGUAAUGUAACACAAUACCCAAAAAUAAAAAAUCAUAUAAUUAAUUCAAUUGAAAAUAAUUUAAGUACAAAAAAAAUGCAUCCUCAAAAUGAAAUAUUAUUUAAUACAACAAUACCUUCAACAACAAUAAAACAAGAUUUUAUAACUUCUACAACUACUUUUUCAACAACUGUUACAUCAACUGAAAAAUUAUUACCUAUAACAAGUGUUGAAAGAACAAAUUCAAUAUUAACUGAUACAUCUAUUGUCACUUCAACUGUUAGAUCUCAAUUAUUUGCAAAUGAAAAUAAUUUUAUUGACAAAAAUAAUAUAGAUAAUAUAAAAAUUGAUAAAAAUAAUAUUGUGAAAAAUAAUGCUCCGGUUAUUGUUACUGCUUUAUUAGAUAUAGGUAGAGGAGAAUGGCAAUCAUUUUAUAGACCAUUUGAAACAUACUUAAAUUCAUUUUUAGAUCUUUUACAAUUAGAUAAUAAUAUGAUUAUAUAUGGUGAUAAAACUGUUAUAAAUUUUGUUAAGAAACAUUUUAAAAAUUAUAUUAAUGAUAAAUUACUCUUAGAAAUAUCAAUGAAAGAUUUACCAUUUUAUCGAUAUAAAAAAGAAAUGCAAGAUAUAAUUGAUCAUGAACAAAAAAAUUGGAAUUCAACAUGGGAUAAAAGAAUGAAAAAUCAUCCAGAAUCAUUGUAUGCUGAUUAUAAUAUUUUAGUAAAUUCAAAACCAUAUUUUUUAUAUAAUGCCUCAAUUAUAUCACCAUUCUCAUCUGAUAUAUUUAUAUGGAUUGAUGCAGGUUAUUCACAUGGUGAUAAAAAUUUAAUACCAAAAACAACAUGGGAUCCAUUUUUAAUACCAAAUAAAGUUCAUAUAAUUAAAUUAACACCAAAACAAGAUCAAAUAAAUACAUAUACAUAUGAUCGUGUCUAUAGAAAAGAUAUUUCAGUUAUAUCAGCAGGAUUUAUUGGAGCAAGUCAUGGUGUCAUAAAUAGAUUUUAUAACUUUUUUUAUAAAACAUUUAUAGAGUUGUUGGAUGAUAAAAAAGUAGAUGAUGAUCAAACAGUAAUAUUAAUUACAAUCAAAAAUUAUGCUUCAUUAUUUUAUGUAAUACAUGGUGGUUGGUUUGAUGCAUUUAGAUUACUGCCAAAUUUAGAUAAUACCUAUGAUAAAGAAGAAUUACGAUUAAGGUAUAAUCCUAGACUUUAUCAGAGUACAUAUCCUUACUGGAAAAUUCAUAAUAAUUCAACACGGGAUCAAAUAUUAAAUUAA